AUGGAGCUAAAUAUCUACUGGGCUAGUCUAUUCAUCUUCGUGCCCAUAGUGGUACUCGCUGCCGGAUUGCGGGUCGUCUUACAGCGGCUCCAUGGAAAAUGGACGAAGCAGACAUGCCACUAUGACAAUGAAGCUAAAGUGUUCCGCAAGGUAUUCUUGCGUGUUUACCUAAUCGUCAUGGCAUCAGAGUGGCUCCAGGGUCCGUAUUUGUAUACACUCUUCCGGGAUGAAAAAGGUCUAGAAGAUCGGACAGUCGCGAUACUUUACAUUACUACGUACGUAUCUGCGGCGAUAUCGGCUUUCUUCACGGGGUAUCUGGCGGAUAGAUUUGGCAGGAGAGCAGCUUGUCUGGUAUUUUGCGGGGCACACUCGCUCGCCUCUAUUUCCGUAAAAUUCGAUGCAAUGGAACUUAUGAUAAUAGGAAGAGUCUUAAGUGGAAUAAGCUUGAAUCUGUUAUGGACCGUUUUUGAGAGUUGGAUGAUUACGGAGUAUAGUGCGCGCGCGUUAGAUCGAAGCUCGCUUCCCCUGAGCGCUAUGUUCGGUGCCAUGACGAGGUAUAACUGUGUAACAGCAAUUUUGGCUGGUAUUAUAGGAUAUUAUAUCGUCUUAUCCACAGGAUCGAAAGCUAAUCCAUUCAUUGCUGGCGUGGUCCUAGACGUCGCGGCUGCUUUUCUCAUGUUCAGGACAUGGAAUGAGAAUAAAGGAGUUGACAACAAUCUUGAUUUGUGUAAUAAAAAUGAUCUCGCCAAUGAUCAGGCUACUACGAAGCUUAAGGAAAGACCCUUGGCGAUGCUCAGAGAUGCUCGGAUAUGGGUCCUCAGUUUCGUCUCUUGUUGUUUCGAAGGAACCAUGUUUAUCUUCACUUUCUUCUGGCCGGGAACCCUGCAAGAGGCUCACAGUCGGUAUCAAACCCACGGAAACGAUGCAACUCCGUUCGGCGUAAUCUUCGCUACUUUCAUGGCAACUAUGGUCUUGGGCGCGAUGCUAUUCAGCCUUUUUACACGAAAUGCGAACCCAACAGCAAUAGAACAUACAUCAACACUCGGCGAUAUCUCGCCUACUGCGCUUCUUACGACAGCACUCUUCAUCGGCGGAUCGAGCUUUAUAAUCGCAGCAUUUUCCAAGGCGGAACUCCAUUUAUACCUAGCAUUCCUUCUACUCGAAUUUUGCAAUGGUAUAUACGUCCCAAGCAUGGCGUACCACCGAGGCAUGAUAGUCGCCAAUUCGAGCAGAACUUUAGUCUACGGCUUGAUGAAUAUACCCCUAUUUGUCUUUGUGGUCAUUGCGCUCUAUACCACUACUAGCAACGGAGUAGAGUAUAGACGUGUCGUAUUCGCAUCGUCGGCGUUGUUGCUUCUAGCUGCGGGUGCUGCCGUCGUGUUGGGGCUUGGUAUUUUGACUAACCACCUGAAAAACUCAUUAGGAGAGGAACUCGAAAAAGAAGACUUAAGCGAGAUAUAA